ACAGGUGAAAAGUCAUAUGUCUGUCCUGAGUGCGGGAAAUACUUCUCAGUGAAGCCCAGUCUUCACACACAUCAGAGAUCUUACACGGAGGAGAAGUUGUAUACCUGUUCGGAGUGUGGAAAAUGUUUUUCAGAGAAGCCCUUUUCUUCAUAUAUGACAGAGAUCUCAUACGGGGGAAAAGCCGUAUUGGGGACAAGAGGGUGA